ACCAAUGAGCGGGCUUUCGGCGCAGGGGCCGCUGGGGGUUGUGGGCUCGGUGACGUCAUUCUUGAUGCGUUGGAAGCGGCUCGGCGCAGCGGACGGUGCCGAGUGAGCAGAUGGAGUGAUCCACCAGGGUUGACCCAUGGACAACCUCCCAUUUCCGAGCAGCUGCUGCUGUGCUGAGAUUCAGGCUUCUGGGAUCUGUCCUCCAGCUUGGUCACAAGUUGAUGCACCUGUCAUCCAGAUCUGAGGCCUCCAAGGAGUGCCGGCCUAGCUGACAUCAGGCCAGGGUGCAAAGAAUCUUUUGGCUCUAGGGAAAGCUGCAGGAGCCAGUCUCGUAUCGGGGCUGGGUGAGGCGACUCCCCUGGGCCCUGCCCAGCCAGCUGCGCCUUGUUGCAGCGCUCUAACACUGUGAGGUGCCUUGGCCGCAUUGCCUGCUUUCAUUGCCCUUCUUGUGAGCUGCUGGGCCCAGACAGUGCAUGGCCAGCCAGGCACAGGUGCACCAGUAGUCUUGCUGCAAGAGUCUCCGGGGCCUGGCUUUGCAUGUAUUGUACCCUUCCCUGUAGAACUCCUGGCAGUUACAACCGUAGAGAUGUGAGUGCCCAGGCAGAGGGGCAGGAGGGAGGUCCUGUCCCUCUCCUGGAUGCGAGGUGGAUCUCUCCCAUGGCCCCUGGAUGGCCCUGUCUGUCUUGCUCAGAUGUCGUGCCCAGAAGAGGUGGUUGCCUCUGCAGAUGACGAGCUGCUCAGCUUCCUCCUGGUGGAUGAUGCUCCCUGUGCAGAGUUCUCAGGGGACGAAGCCAACCUGCUGGGAGACUGGGGUCUGCUGGAGCCCGAGCUCCUGAAUGACAAGGAGGUAGAAGACUUUCUCAGCUCCCUGCUGAGCCCCUUUGAAGAGGGGCAGAGCGCCUUGCAGGGUCACUUGCCUCUCGACAGUGAUAGCGGCAUCUCAGAGGACCAGAAUCCCUUCCCCAGCCCCAGCAGCUGGGAUGUGUCUCCGGCCAGGGACCUCGCUUGCAGCCCUUUGAGCUCUGACAUUGUGCAGGUUGAUCACAGCUACUCCCUCCAUCAGGACGGGACGGUGCUGGAGAGCGUGAGAGCUGACACCACAGAAAGAGACAUCUCCAUUGACCUGGAUAUGUGGGGGGACUCGGGAAGUACAGAGGAGACGCUUGUCGAGGAGCAGAGUUUCAACUUCCCGGUUGCUGUGCCCAUGGAUGACUUCGUGCCUGGGACCCCCAUGCAGUUCGAUUUCCCGGAACUGAUCCUGACAGAAGAGGAGAAACAGCUUCUGGAGAGAGAGGGUGUCUCCUUGCCAUCCCACCUGCCCCUGACCAAGGCUGAGGAGCGGCUCCUAAAGAGAGUCCGUCGAAAGAUCCGGAACAAGCAGUCGGCCCUGGACAGUCGGCGCAGGAAGAAGGUCUAUGUGGAUGGCUUGGAGAGCAGGGUUGUCACCUGCACGGCGCAGAACCACGAGCUGCAGAAGAAGGUGCAGCUGCUGCAGAAGGAGAACAUGUCAUUGCUCGAGCAGCUACGGAGGCUCCAGGCCCUGGUGAGACAGUCCUCGACCAAAACCACCACCGCCAGCACCUGUGUCAUGGUCCUGCUCCUAUCCUUCUGCCUCAUUCUCUCACCCAGUCUCUAUCCGCUCGGAGCCAGAGUACAGCAGGAGGAGUUCCGAGGAGUGCUGUCUCGUCAGAUCCGGGAGUACCCGAGUGACACGGCCCACUUUCAGGCAACAGCUGCCCAGCAGGCAGAGAGGCCUGAAACACGGGGGGAGCGCACAAUGGAGGGGCUGGCCCUGGAAUCUGAGACGGCCCCGCUGCCAGGCAGCCUCAAUCACUCCCGGGAUGGACACCGCCCACCCAAGGCGGAGCAUGGCUCUGCCAUCAACAGUAACUCAUCCUCCGACCCACCGCCAGGAGCCAGCUCUGAGCUGGGUCCCCCCCACCAGCAGCCAGAGCAGCUUCCUGGGAAGGGCCCCCUGCACUCUACUGAGCCAUCAGCCUGGGGGACCAAGAAGCAGGAGUGGGUGGAGCGCACCACCAGCAUAGUCAUCCAGCAGCACCGUGCAGAGGAGAUGUGAGCGCUGGGCACCUCGUGCUGCCUGGCUGUGAAUUUGCCGGGGCCGUUUUGACUGAUCCUUGUCUACGCAAAUGCUUCUAAAUGCCCCUGAGUGGGGUCUGUCUCCUGACCCACCAAACCUGACUGGGGGGCAGCUAGGCUCCGGGGUAGCAGGAAACAGUUCUAGCUGCAGCGUGGAGGGGGCCAAGUAUGGGGAGUUGCACCUGCAUUACUUAGUUCCCUGCAGCUGGACGGAGUGGGAAACCACUUUGAUUGGGCUGGGCCCCUGGGUCUGGGUGCCCUUAGCAAGUCCCGCAGCUCCAAGCGACCUGUCCCUUCCAGUAACACGAUGAUUCCCCAUCCCUCAGCAGGGCACGCCAAGCCCCUAUGCCCCGCAGGGGCUGCCAGCUGGGUGUGGUUCGGCCAGGGGACAGCACUAAAUUUCUCUCAUCGACCUCCCUCCUGCAGAGCCCCAGCCACUGUUCUUGGCGUGGCUGGGGGCGGCUGCAGGCAGAGGGUCCCUGCCCAGCGCUGUGUGCUGCCUCCCUGCUGGCCAAGGGGCUGCUGAUCAUGAGCCCCUUGAGGGGAGGGGGCUGCACUGCUGCAGGGGUGGAGGUUCAGAGAGCCCUGAGGGGCAGCCUCUGUAACGGCUGGUGGGGCCUGUGGCAGGGGGGAGGACUAGGUCAGCUGGGCUCCUCCAUAAAUUGACCUCUGGCCUGCAGCCCUGGGCAGGUGUUGCUGUAACGUGGCUGAGCCAUGGGAUGAGGACUGCCAGCUGAGCCAGCUCCAGCCCAGGAAAAGGAGAACAAGGGGGCCUGGUCCAGCAGGCUCCUAACUGCUACAGUAAUGGCUCUGUUAUAAUAAAGUGGACCCGCUGCUGGGUUGUCCCCUG